AUGAUUUUCGGAAAGACUCUCGUCGCUCUCGUAGCUGGGGCUGCCACUGGUGCUACUUUCGCAGUUGCCAAUCCCGUCAGCCGUCAGGACAGCAAUAGCACCACUUGCUAUUUCAUCAUGACCCCGACUCCUGAUCUUGGUCCAGACGACCUUCAAACAGAUAUUAACUAUGCGAUUGGACACACCGUCGGUGAGGAAUAUCCCAACCAUAUCCUCACGGACGAAAACGCCCCUCUUGUCCGCCAUAAUGAUGGAACUUACGACGUUAUGUCCGUCAUCUCCGUGUCUGGCGAAACACCUGCCGAUGUCGGUGCAUUUGUCGAAACUUGGGAGUCACAGACUAUCAGUGGAAUAGUUGCUCAAUGG